AUUUUAUUUGGAUAACAAAUAAUUUAUUAACUUUAACGUAAGAGCGAAGCAGUAGCCGUUGUCCGCUCGGCUGCUUUCAAAUUCAAACCCAAAUUUGAAAUCCACGCACUCGGGCCCACCCAAAAGCAAGUGAAGAACAACAGUAGAAAGAAUAUAGGGACAUAUAGUAAGUAGUAUAUAAUACUAGUGGGCAAUCUUCAUUCUUGCUUCUUCUCCUCUUCUUCUCCUCCACCAUCCAUCCAUCCAUACAUCAGGUAGGUUUCAGGUAUCAGAUCAGAUUCAGGCAUGGUGGUGGCCGCUCCUCCUCCUCAACCUCGAUGCCAAGCUCCUGCUGAUGCUGCUGCUACUCUUCAACCUCGGGUGCCUCUCCGCCCCAAGAAUCAUCAUCCCACUACCGAUGCUCCCCCACCUGCUGUUGCUCUUGCUCCUGCCCAUCCCACUUCUUCAAAGCCCCAUCCCCAUCCCCAUCCCCAACCUGCACAUGAACACAACAAGGAGAAUCAUCAGCAUUUCCCUCUUCCUCCUCCUCUCUGCUCUGUUGUAAUUACGACUACUACCACUGAUGAGCCAGAGACAGAGCCUUUCUCCUUUCCUGUUCCGCAAAUGGACGCAUCGCUGGCCGAUGAGCUCGGUGCUCUCCGGGAAAGACUCCAGAGAGUGCGAAUCGACAAGGACAGGACUGACAAGUUGUUGAGGGAGAGGGCCCUCUCACUCGAUUUGCGGAUGAAGGAGAUUCUCAGCCGAUGGGAGGUGCAGAAGCAGCUCGAGAUGGAGCUGGACCGCCUCUAUCGCCUCCACCAGAUCCGACUAGCAUCCGCGAGGGUAUCUCCACUGCCAUCCUUGAGAGAGAAAGAAGAAGCAAAGAAGCUGCAGCGGCAGAUGUCGCCUACGAUCAUACAUUCUAACUAAUAUACUGCUGCUACUACCACAGCCUACAGGCACACAUUCUAACUAAUAUACUGCUGCUACUACUACAGCCUACAGGCACACGCCAGAUGUUUUAAUCAAUCAAAUUAUUCAGAGCGCAUCUGUGAAUCAAUAAGAUUCAUUAAUCAAUCUCACUAGCCCGAAUCCAAAAAUUUACUCAUGAUAGACAUGCGUU